AUGUCACUCGACGGCUUAGAUGGCCCCGUUACCCAGAAUGAAAUUGAUUUGUUCAUUGGUUUUCUUGAACAACCUAACAGAUUACCCACAACUGCGCUGAAUAAUAAAAUAGCGGAUAAGCAACCUGGUCAAGAUGUAGAAGCUUUAGGUUUAAUGUAUGAAGUUACUCAAAACCCUCAAAUACUUGAUAGAAUGAUAACUUAUUCGGAUAUUUUUUUGUCACUUCGAAAUGAUCCCGUGAAUGGACGAAUUAUAUGGACAGGGAAAAGAGAGCUUGUCUGGUGUACAAAACCUGAUAAUGGAACACUCUCUGGUUAUGCUGGCUCCGAAGGUCUUGAUACAGCUGGGCAUAUAGCAUACACUGCUUAUCAUAUCCUUAAAACACCUUGUCUCUGGAACGAAAAUGUUACAGACAAUGAUCCCCAUAAGUAUGGUGCAACAUAUAAAGAACGUGCUCUUACAUACGUAACUGAAAUGGAUAAGACUAUUAAAACAUAUUAUUUAAAUUACUUCAUUCGCGAGAAUGAUUCAAUUUAUAAUCCAAGUUCUCCUGCAUGGGAUAAACUUGGUGAAAUGGAUGCAAAUACAUCAAUGCCUUGGAACCGACAGCAAAUGAUGACAAAUGGAUUUUUAAGAAUGGCGGAAUGUCAUGAAAUUCUUGGAAAUAAUGAAUCUUUGAUUAAUAAAUAUUUAAAUAUUGUACAAGUUUCUAUUGAUUGGAUGGUCAGAAACUUUAUUCCAGUUAAAACUAAGAACGGCUUAGACGCAUACCGGUGGACUUAUACUUUCAAUGUUAAUGUUACCAUUGCAGAAGAAGUUAGUAUUCAUGCACUUUAUGAUAUUUGGGGCAUGUACCGCGCAUGGCAGCGAAAAGAUAAAUUAAAUGUUAACUUUGAUGAUAUGGUUAAACUUGCUAACACAAUGAUGUAUAUAAUAAAUAUUGAUAAUAAGACAGUUGCAACAAGAGUAGAUGGUACAUCUGAUAAUACAACCCCAGUUCACUUAUUUGGAUCAUGGGCAUUUUACGCUGAAUUUAUUCCUGAAUGGUAUAAUAUUGUUGCAAAUAUAAAUAUGAAGAAUUUAAAAACUGACCCACG